GGUUUGGGGAAGGAUUGGAGAAAGGUUCAAUCUCAGCUGGAGUGUGAGAAUGAGCGAGACGACACAGACAUACCUGCUGAUAGCAGCCAGUCAGAGACAGAGAACAUAGGAGAGGACCAUGAGAAUGACAAAGACUGGACAGACUGGGUGGAGGAGGAGAAGGAGAGGGUUGGUGGAGGGGUCGUAUGCUUGUUCUGUAGCUGCAGCCACUCCGAACUGGAUGCUUCGCUAACACACAUGAAGCAGGCUCAUCAAUUUGAUCUGAAGGCAAUUAUCAGCAGUCAACAGCUAAGCUUCUACCAGCAGGUGAAACUGGUCAACUUCAUUAGAAGACAGAUGCAUCAGCACCGAUGCCCUUACUGUGACAGCAGGCUGAGCAGUGAGAAGGAGCUAGAGGAUCACAUGCAGAAGGAAGGGCAUGUGGGGAAGGUGCCGGAUUCCUGCACCUGGGAUCAACCACAGUACUUCUUCCCGACAUACGAGAACGACAACUUGCUCUCCUUGCUCGACGACGACAAUGACGACGAUGGCGGCAGCGGCGCGGUUGCCACGGUGAUAGCGGAGGAUGCCCCAGCAACGCGCACCUCGCUGACGGCAGAGGAUCUGGCUGAUCUUGCCAUCUCCUGACCGUUGUCACGUACAAUAGUUAUGGUAACCACGGCGAUAGCUUGUUGCUAGGUUACCUUCCGUGGUUGCAUCAUUCACUGCCCUCAGCAGUAUGUAUGGUAACCAUGGCGAUCGGUCGUUGCAUUGUUUCCAUUGUCACAGGGCAUGUAACUGCCGUAUGUUAUUCGCUGGUUUUCAUUCGAAGUCAGGGAUUACAUGCACGAGAUGUGUGUGUGUGCGUGCGUGCGUGCGUGCGUGCGUG